AUAAGUUCCAUACCUAAAACAUGUGAAGUUCGUCAACAAGUUCUCCGCUGAAAUACAAAUUUUUGAAAAUGUCCGAUAAUUCGAGGAGGGCUUUAAAUUUGCAGGGUGUGCUGAAAUAUUCUGUCGAACACACCGCCAACGCAGAAGCCGCCGAUGCACAACUAAGCACCGAUCUAGAUGAAGAGAAAAGUCGAUUCCUAGAGGGUGCAAUAAAUUCACUCACAGUCGGCGCAUCAAAUGACUUUAAAACCGCAUUAGAAAUUCUAGACAGCUUAGAGACUAGCAUAGAGGAAAAAGAGGAAAGUCUGAAUCAUCUGAGAAGCCACAUUGAUGACAUCGAUCUGGCGAAUUCCCUAGCCAAAAUGGGCGGCACAAAGACUUUAAUCCGAUAUAUAACAGUGCCGGAAAAGGAGCUGCAGGCAUUGUCCAUUAAUAUUGUCGCUGAAAUGGCACAAAAUAACAUAUUUUGCCAGGACAUUUUCACCAAGGAGAAAUUUUUGCCAGCGCUUGCACGAAAUUUGAGUGAAGCGAAUGAGAAUAUAGUUCGGUGUUCCAUCUAUGCCAUAUCAUCGAUAAUACGAAGCUUUCAGCCAGGCAUGAACGAAUUCAAGCGAAUAAAUGGAGUUAAGGCUCUGUUGCCGUGCCUGAAGUCCUCCAAUUCAGAUGUCUAUAUAAAAGCAGCAUUUCUCAUAGCAUCCCUAUGCUCGCUGGAUAAGUCUCUUAGAGAUGCAUUUUUAAAGGCCGACGCAUUUUCUAUAUUAUUGGAAAACUUAAAGCCCGUCGAUGACUUUGAUGUGAAACAGGAGACCACACUUUAUGCAUGUUCCACCCUCUCAUUAAAUUCGAAUUUGAAGCUGUCGGCGGAGAAACGCAAAGAUUUGGACCUUAUUUUGGCACAAAUAAUUUCAAAUAACAAGCAAAACGAAGAUUGCGAGGACAUGGUAAACUAUGCAAAGAACAUUGCGGACAACUUGAAAACACUGCCUUGAAAAAUAUAAGAAUCACAGACACGGGGAAUAUAUUAAUUUAGUAUGGAUUUUAUAAGAGAUCACGCAAGAGCUUCGCUAAAUUUUCAGGGUGCGUUUGCCCAGUAUUUUUCGAAAUUUCAGUAAAAAAGACCAUCCAGAACAGGGUCUACAAACUGAUCAACUGUUUUCCGGGAAUCCGCGUUCCAAUGGCAGUGGGUCACGUAAUCUUGGAUCAAUAUGUGAUCCACAUGAUCGACCAAACAAACGCAGAAUCGAUGGAUUGUGCGUUUGUUAGGCCGGUUACGUCGAUUGCAUAUUGAUUUAAGCGUACGAAACAUAUUCCUCUUGGAACGCUGUUCCCCGCGCAACAGCCGAUCAGUUUGUAGGUUCCGUUCCGCAAUUAUCUGUCUUUCCAUAAUUAAAUUUUAAACAGUACUGGGAUUGGCGCAACUCUUCCUUGAACUAGCAUAAAAUCCAUACCGAAAAUAGUACCUACGUCGCUAUCUUAUACAGCUAAAAGCAAAUUAAAUUAAAACAAUAUUAGGUAAUAAUUUUAAUACGAAA